CAGAUCAAUACCCAGGUAUAAAUUCUAAGGAAUUCAAGGAAUAUGUGAAUAGUGAGGGAAUAGAAUUAAUUUUUACUGCUGUGGAUGCACCGUUUUCAAAUGGCAUAAAUGAAAGGCUAAACCAAACACUAGUGAAUAAAAUUAGGUGUAAGAUUAAUGAAAAGGACCAGAAAUUGGCUUGGACAACGAUAGCGAAACAAUGCGUAGAAAUGUAUAACAAUACAGAACACACGGUUACAAAGUUUACACCUAGAUAUUUGUUGGAAGGAAAACAGUUGGAAAUUUUACCACCGGAGUUAGAGCCUAUAUUCUCAGGUGAAAAUUUAGAAAAAGAUAGAGAAAUAGCGUUUUUAAAUACAAUUAAAUCACAUAAUAGCAACAAGGAAAGAUUUGACAAAAACAGGAAAAUAUUGGAACUUAAGGUUGGAGAUCAAGUAUAUGUUGAAAAUGGAAAUAAGUUAAACAGGAAAAAAUUGGAAGAAUUGAGAAUUGGACCAUAUAAGGUACUCAAACGAAUAUCAAAAUCGAUAUAUGAAAUAGAUACAGGACACAAGAAACCUGAAUCAAACAAAUUUCAUAUUACAAAGUUAAGUCCUGUUGCGGGUGUAAAUUAAACAAUUGUAUAUAUGCAAUUGUUUUUCUUCGAGGGGGGGAGAUGUAAAGAAAAGCCUGACAAGUGUGUAUUUGUCAGGACUUUCCUUUAACGGUUUCCCUACCGCGUACUGAAAGUAGUAUGAGUGAUGGUAAAUAGAGUGUGGAGAGGGGAGGUAUGAGUGUACGAUUGAAUGAACGAGAGAAGAGCGUUUAGUAAGCGAGAUAAAGGCUUGAAAUGUUGUUUCUCUUGUAAUUUCAGAGCAACACGUUUAGUUUUUAUUCAACUGCAUUUACUCCAU